AAGGGCCUUCGAUAGAUAAUCUCUGACCAAUCGACGGCCGUACUGUACAUCGCCGCUGUCCAAUCACGAGCCACUGAGCGGCCACUUGGGCUCGCCCCAAAUAGUCGUCAGCUAGUGGUCGAGCCAAGUCAAGUCAUUUAGUAGAAUGGUCGAGAUGGGUGGUACGCAUCUCUAGUGGACUCAACUCAGCUUUUAAAUAAGUUAUAAAUUUCACUUUAAGCCACUUGUGUUAUGAUUAAGGUGCGAGUUUGCAUUUGUACGUAACUUAAAGCUGCUGCUGGUGCCCUCACUUUUUCUCUCCCUGUUUUCGCUAUUUAAAGUCGGACUCUUUGGGGAAGGAUGUCAGUCCCCGGCAACUCGCUCCAACAGCCCCGGGUGAGGCGCAGCAACGCGGGCUCCCCGGGCUCGUUCGGAAACGGCGGAUGUCGCCUGCACCCGCUCCGCGCCACCGUGCCCUACCAGUUGCUGCGGGGCGGCCAGAGCAGCCCAACGCGGCCGCCGCCGAGCCUUCACAGCGGGGCCGCCGCGGGCAGCCGAGGCUCCAGCCCCCCCUCCAGCCCGACUCUCCUCCUCCCAGGAAGUAAGCAGGGACUGUCGUCCGAAAACAAGGACGCCUCCUGCCCCCCGGACUCGCCCGUUUCCAAAGCAGAAAGGUCCAAGUUGCAGACGCGAAGCUCCAGCGCCAUCCGACGGACAUCUUCCCUGGAUGCCAUCACCGCCCCUUACCUCACCGGACAGUGGCCCCGAGAUGUUCACGGGCCUUACCCCUACUGUAUGAAAGACAAAUCCACUCAGACUCCAGGCAUGUGGAUGGACGACGGGGCGGACCAAGGGAGUCCUCACCAGAGGUCCGCCUCCUGGGGAAGCGCAGACCACCUCAAGGAGCAGAUUGCCAAACUGAGGCUGCAGCUUCAGCGCGGCAAACAAGGGAGUCGACAGAGCAAAGAGCGGGACGCCACGUCCGGGACGCCACACACCCAACAAGCCGCCGCCGCUGCCGCUGGGGCCUGUGCCUCACAGCAUAAGGGAUCUUCUUGUUCUUUGUCCGCCAAGUCUCUGAUCUGCAGAGUGCCGAGCAGCGUGGAGGCGAUCAACCACGAGCUGGAAAACGUCUUCAUCAGACAUGAUUGGGAGCACGGCUUACAGGCCACGGACGCUGCGGACGGCCGUCGGGCUCCUUUCCCGCUGCACCGCUACAGCAACAUGAGCGAAACACGGGACACGGACACCCAGGCCCCCUCCAGCGGAGAGUCCAGUCCGUCCCCCCGACUCCGCAGCCCCCUCAGUCCCCAAAACCUGCACUCCCCGGACGGAAGCCCCUCAUCCUCAGCGGAUGACGUGGACAAAGAAGGCGCGUGCGGCUCACCGCUUCCCAAGUUUGCCACGUCUCCCAAACCCAACAACAGCUACAUGUUCAAACGAGAGCCACCGGAAGGCUGCGAGAGGGUCAAAGUCUUUGACGAGAUGCUGUGUGGCCAAUCAAAAGGCUUCCCGCUCUUCUCGUGUCCCGACAAAAACAAGGUGAACUUCAUUCCACGAGGUUCAGCUUUCUGCCCGGUCAAGCUGCUCUGCUCGUCCCUCUUCUCGCCCUUGUCCUGCUCCGGCGCCGAUGCCGACGCCGGCGCCAGUGCCGCCGGUCUCCACAGCAAUGACGCCCAGUCUCAGGACACGCCCAACUCGCCCGAUAGGCAGGAAACUGAGGCGGCCGUCGGCGGUUUGUCGUCAGGAAUAUAAAAGACGCUGCCACAUUAUGAACGCAACAACAACAAAAAAAGCUUUGCACUCCAUUAAUUCCAAAUCAAGCUCAUGUCCACACAAUCAAGAACAGAUUUUUUAACACCCCCCCCCCCCCCCCCCACCCGCGCCAAUAAAGCUAGUGCGAACUAGAAGCUUAACUGUGCGGCUAUGGUAAAGUAAUUAUUAGCUUAUUUAAUUUAGGCUAACAUCGAUGCACUUUCAAUCACGUUAUUGAACAAACGGCAAGUAAACACAAGCAGUUGUUAUUGUUCGUCAACUGUCGCUGUUACUCGACAAGCAGAGAGGCUAGCGGUUAGCCAGUUGGCUGCCAGCCAAAUCGAUGCUUCCAAUUUGUUCAGGCUCAUGUCACAGGUCCAGCUUUGCAUUCAGUCACAAAUAUGGUGCUGUAUAACAUGAGGAUGGCGACCCCAAGUGGACAAGAAUAUCUGCACCUCACGUAUUACAUUGGCAUUAAGUGUGAAGGUUUAAAAUGCAUAGAAUAAUUUUUAAGAAGUUACUACUUCCAUCUCUUUGUAGCCUAACCCCCACAAUAAACAAGAGUUUAUUGUAAUUUUUUUAUUAAAAUGUGACUAUCCAUGUACAUUUGCAUAUUUCCGUACACAAAACACUAAUUUCCAAAAUUUAUGAAUGUAUUUCUCCCCAAAACAAUCUCUUUAGACUGUUUUUCUUGGAAAAAAAAUACUUCUUGACUUAUUCUUCAGUGGUCGGGAAUGUUGAAUAGAAAUUCAAGUGUUUCCCUACUGGUAUUCUAAUUUCAAUAUUUUUUUUUGGGGGGGGGGUAUAAGAAAUUUCUGGAAAGAUUACACUGUUAUUCUGUAAAGGAGCACCUGAGCCAAUCAAGACAAAAGGUGUAAAAAAUGUAUGAAACUGUUUGUGUGGACAUGUCCCUUGUGAGGCUUCUUCUACUUGCUGUUUUUUUUUUUUUUUUGCUGCUCAUGGAACUUGAGUUUGGACUGUUGGUUUUCAUGGCAACAAACAUUUCAGACAACUUUGUGAUGGCCAAUCAGCUUCUUUGUAGACAACAACACUGCUGCUCUUGUAGUUAUACAUAAUGAGACAUGAGUAAUCUCGCUUGUAGUCUUUUUAGGACAUUGUUACAUUUUUUUCAAUGCGAGAGACCAAAAUGUUUUUGCCUCCUUGCCGUUUUUUUUUUUACUCUGAAUCUUCUCCUUUGGCCAAUGGGCACACGUUAAACCUGUUGACGCAUUCCACAGGGAUCGUGCUACAUCAUGGGUACCAACUGGUGCCAGCCCUGACCCCUUAAAAUGAUGGACCAAAGCAAAGUGCGACAAAAUCGGAUGAGGACUGAUGGUACCUGUGUAUGUUUGUGUGUGCGCGUGCACACCUGUGAUGAUUUUUGUUUUUUCAGAUUACAAAAUAAAAACUCCAGCAACACUUCAAA